AUGAACAUGUUACUCAAGGGUGUGCCACCUAUUUUUAAAACUUUAAUUAAAACUAAACUAAACCCUAGCAUUAAUGUCAUAAGGAAAGCAAGUUCUGCUUUGUAUAUAACAGGUGACAAAGCACAUAAUAAUUUUGCUGUGCUCACGCCACACAUUGAUAUCGUUGAACGUUUCGAAAAUAGAGAUAUACUUGAAGACAACAUAAAAUCCAGAGGGAAAUAUGUUGAUCUUGAAGGUAUUUGUAACCGGUGGGCAUUUUAUCAAGAUUUGAUGGAAAAAAGAGUAAUUCUGGAAGUUACAAAAGCAGAAAUUGCUAAACAAAUUUCCAAACAUAUGAAAGAUGAGAAGCCUGAUGAAGAAGCUAUCACACACUUAAAAACACAGAUGACAAUUGUAAAAGAUGAAUAUUCUACGUUGCGCACAUUUCUAUAUGGCGUUGAAGAAUCGGCUGCUCUUAAAGCACUUUCUUUGCCUAAUAUUAUUCACGAGCGCACAAAAACUGAACCAGUUUUAAUUUAUGAACAUUUAACUAAACCCGAAAAAAGAGCUGAAGAUAUUCCAUCACAUAUUGCCAUCGGGACGAAAGAAAACCUGCUGGAAAUCCAUGAUAACACAUUUGCCUUCUUGACUAACGAUGCGGCUUUGUUUGAAAUCGCGGCGUUGAAUUAUUUUCAUGAGAAGUUGACUCAAAGUGGCCUUAUUCAAUUUUCUAAUACAGAUUUUGCUAAGAGUAUCAUAAUUGAAGGUUGUGGAUCGGAUUUCGAGAAGAAUGAUAUCAUCACACUUGAAGAUGGCGGUGAUCAUAUAAUCAAUAAAUUGCAUUUAACUGGCGGUGCUAGUCACUAUGCGUUUAUGGCACAUUUUACCAAAUAUUUGGUACCAGCGAAUCAAUUUCCACUGAAUUACUUUGCAAUCGGACGAAAAUAUCAACAGACAAUCAAAGAUGAUGAAGCUAGUUUGUUCAAUAUGGUACAGCAGAGUGCUAUAGAGAUAUUUUCGGCUUGUAAAACAUCAGAGGAAUUGAAUCAUUCAUUGGAUUCAAUUGUUAAAAGUAUUCAAGAGAUUUACAAAGGUUUCGGAUGUCAUUUUCGGUUGAGUUAUGUCAAAGCAAGUGCACUCAAAGAUUAUGAAAGUUUAAGGGUUGCGAUUGAGAUGUUUUCGAAUAACUACAAUGAUUACGUUGAGGUUGGAAGUAUUUCCGUGGUCGAUGAAUAUUUAAGUAAGCGAUUGUUGUUUACCUACAACGAAAACAAGGAAAAACGGUUUGCUAAAGUCAUUGUUGGUAAUAUUUUAAAUGUUCAAAAGGUACUGGCGUGUAUUCUGGAGAAUAACUAUCAGAAUGGACAGCUUGGAAGUAUUAUUAAUGAUACUUUGAAGCCUUAUAUCCCUUGAUUUGUAUGUCACAUGCAACGUUGUGUGAAAAUAGUUGUAAACCAUGUUGUAGUUGACUUUGAAGACUUUGUUAUGGAAUAAAUAGUUUGUCAUAAAAAAUAUUUAUCUAAAAUGCAGUAUAUAUGAUAAAGUUAAUAGUCGAGAGCACAAAACAGAGCGACUCCUCUCUGAAUCCAAUGUUUUUCGGGUUUAUCAGUUGGUAUUUCACAAGCGAUGACAUAGUUUGUGGAAUGGCCGGUAGUCGACAGAACUCCGGCUCUUUUCAAUGUUUUAUAUACGGGGCAUUCAUAAACGCCCGUUGGUUUCUUGUGAUUUUCUUCUGGUACCAUUAAAAUAGGUACCAUUUCUACCAAAAAUGUAAAAAGUUAGAAUAUCUAAGAAUAAGUACCUCAAUUUUUACCUGUAUACAA